AUGGGCGAGUCGAGACAAGAGCUUGUUGCAUGGCUCAACAGCCUGCUUCAGCUUAACAUCACCAAGGUUGAGCAGUGCGGUACUGGUGCUGCCCUUUGCCAGGUUUUUGACAGUAUCUACAUGGACGUCCCCAUGUCCAAGGUCAAGUUCAAUGUGAACUCUGAAUACUUGUAUAUUCAAAAUUUCAAGGUCUUGCAAAACACCUUUACCAAGCACCAAAUUGACAAGCCUAUUCCUGUCUCCGCACUUAUCAAGUGCAAGAUGCAGGACAACCUCGAGUUCCUCCAGUGGACAAAGCGAUUUUGGGAUCUUAACUUCCCCGACCACGAGUACGAUGCCGUUGCCCGCCGAAAAGGUGGCUCAAUGCCUCCCGCUGCCGCCGCACCCCGACCUGCUGCUAGCACUGGCGCCGCUCGCCGCGUGGGUAGCGGUACUCCAAGUGGUGGACCCCGAGUUGCAAAGGCCGCUGGACCCGCUACCGCAGCUCUUCAGCAAGAAAACGCCACAUUGAAGGAGACCGUCACAGGCCUGGAGAGGGAACGAGACUUCUACUUCAGCAAGUUGCGGGAUAUUGAGCUACUUGUCCAACAGGCUGUUGACGAGGACCCGGAGCUGGAGAAGCAAGAGGAUGGCCUCGUAAAGCAGAUCCAAACUAUUCUUUACUCAACAGAGGAAGGAUUCGAAAUUCCUGCUGAGGGCGAGGGUCUCGAUGACCAAGAGACCUUUUAG